AUGGAAGAGUGCAAGCCAACUGCAACUCCAAUGAAUCAAAAGGAGAAGUUUUGUAGAGAAGAUAGAGCAGAAAAUGUGGAUGAAAAGUUGUACAGGAGCCUAAUAGGCUACUUCAUGUAUUUAAAUGCAACCAGGCUAGAUAUCAUGCAUGCAGUGAGUUUGAUAUCAAGGUAUAUGCACUAUGCUAGUGAAAUUCAUUUUCAAGUGGCAAAAAGAAUUCUUAGAUAUGUUAAGGGUACAAUUGAUCAUGGAGUAAGAUUCAGUCAAGUUAAAAACUUCAGUCUCCAUAGUUAUUUUGAUAGUGAUUGGGCUGGAUGUGAUGAUGAUAUAAGAAGCACCUCAAGUUACUGUUUUAGCUUUAGUUCUGGAAUUUUUUCAUGGUGUUCUAAGAAGCAAGAAGUCAUAGCUCAAUCCAAGGAAGAACUAGAAUAUAUAGUUGUUGCUGCUGCUAUGAAUCAAGUCCUUUGGAUCAAGAAACUUUAA